CUAGCCUAAGCCUUCAGUGGGUGACUUGAGCCAUUAGUCUCCAGUGGUAACGUCAAUUUAACUCACCGCAGAUAUAACUUCAUUAGAUAGCACUAUGGCAACAACUCAGACAUCAUCUUCAAUGAUAGUAAUGGCGGCAAGUGCGGCUGUGCGUGAUGGAGGAGCUGGAAGCUUAAGAAGAAAAACGGAGAAUUAUGUGUAUAAAACUACUGAUGGAAAAGUGAUCAUUGAGGAUGAACUCUUAAACUUUAUUGUCAUUAAAAUGAGAACACUGGUCCAUGACGAAAUUGUUUUGCUGGUGACAAACAACUUCUCCUCUGAAUGGAUUGAAGAGUCCAAGCGGCUGCUGUUUGAAAAGUGCCCGACUUCAAUGCGCUGCGUGAAGCACAAAGGGUCUCAGAAAGACAUUAAUAACAUAAAAGACUGCCUGAAAGUGCUUAAUGAGUGCGGAGAAAAUAUUCCCAGGUUUGUUUCGCACAAUCUGGAUGAGCUCCCUCCUGUUGGAUUGGAGCAUGUGGACGCAUCUGCGUUGCUCAGCAGAGUACAGCAGCUGAGUAGGGAGGUAGCCGGCCUGAGAGCGACUCUGGAAACUCAGACAAGGGAGAAUGAGAACGCGAAGGUGGCCGCGGCGGCUGUGGAGCAUCGAUUGUCUGCCUUGGAAAGGCGGCUCGUACCACUAGGCCAAGCCUACGGAGACGCGGGUCAACAGGCCUACGAAACGGCGCCUGUACUACUGACGGGGACGGAGGCUGAAAUGGCACCGGCGCGUUUAGCGUUGAGAGAGACGGGCCGCGAGGAUGAGACUAUGAACGCUGUACCACGGUCCCCGGACUGGAGUACGGUGGUAAAGAAAGGAAAAUAUAAGCAGCCAAGCAUUGUGACACAGUCCAAUGCAGCUGUGCAACCACGUCCAAGAAGGGAGCAGCGAAAGAAAAUGGGAAUACUCGGCACUGGAACUGAGAGUAAUAUCCCCGUGAUUAAAACCAAAUUGGAGCCCUCAGCGGACGUCAAGCUGGUGACUGUAGCAGGAAAGAAGGGCAAGAAGGCUGGGGAGGAGGAGCAGCCUGCAGAACCUCCUGCUGCUGCAGCAGUAGUGAAGGAGGAAGAGGAGGAGCAGCCCGCAGCAACUCCUGCAGCAGCAGCAUUGAAGGAGGAGGAGGAGCAGCCUGCAGCACCUCCUGCAGCUGCCGCAACAGUGAAGGAGGAGGAUGUGGAGCAGCCUGCAGCACCUCCUGCAGAUGCAGCAGCAGUGAAGGAGGAAGAGGAGUAUGUGGUGGAGAAGGUGCUGGACCGCAGAGUGGUGAUGGGAAGAGUAGAGUUCCUGCUGAAAUGGAAGGGGUUCUCAGAUGAGGAUAACACAUGGGAGCCGCAAGACAACCUGGACUCCCCCGACCUUAUCACCGAGUACAUGCAGAAACACAAGGAGAAGGAGAAGGAGGAGGAGGAGGAGGAGGGCAAGAGGAAAGUUGUCAGUGAGGCCUCGGGAGACUCAGAGGAGCGAGGGAGCAAGAGGAAGAAGGAGGAGAAACCGAGAGGAGGAGAGGGACCCAAACAUCACCACUGUCAACACUGUUUCAAAUCCUUCACAACGUCUAAACAUUUGAAGAUUCAUCAGAGAGUUCACCCUGGAGACAAUCUACACAGCUGUGAUCUAUGUGGGGCAGCUUUCACACUAAAGAGUCACCUAAAAAGUCAUCAACGCAUUCACACUGGAGAAAAGCCUUACAGCUGUGAUCUAUGUGGUAAAACCUUUUCUCAGAGUAGUAACCUUAAAAAACACCUGCGUGUUCACACUGGAGAGAAGCCGUACUGGUGUGAACAAUGUGGGAAAACAUUUUAUGAGAGCGGGGCCCUUAAAAGACAUCAACGCAUUCACACUGGAGAGAAGCCGUACAGCUGUGAUCUAUGUGGUAAAACUUUUUCUCAGAGCAGUAGCCUUAAAUGUCACCAGCGUGUUCACACUGAAGAGAAGCCAUACUGGUGUGACCAAUGUGGGAAAAUGUUUUCUGUGAGUGGUCAACUUAAAUCUCACCAGCGAAUUCACACUGGAGAGAAGCCGUAGUGCUGGGAACAAUGUGGAAAAACUUUUUCUCAGAGAGGUGACUAGGGCUGAACGAUUUUUGAAAAUAAUCUAAUUGUGAUUUAUUUAAAAAAUAUUGCGAUUGCGAUUCGAUAUGC